CGCUGCGACUCACUCACUGAACCGAGCAACAGAAAACAAGUUUGGUGCUACAAGAUUUCAGACAUGGAGUCGCGGAAGAAAAGUCACGGCUCCCCGUCGUUGUUCUGCUGUAUCUUUGUGCUGUGCGUCCAGCCGCAGCUGGCUCUGACGGGAGACUGCCCUGCAGAUGGACGAACCUGGGUGCCCUUUAAGGACAGAUGUUACCACUUUGUCCAUGGAGAUGAAGACAAAAUCAAAAGCUACAGCUUUGACAGUGCAACAACCUUCUGCCAACACUUUGAACUUUUGACAAUCCAGAGUGAGGAGGAGAACACAUUUGUCAUUGAUUACAGCCUACGAGUGUGGAAAGGCAGUGUCGAGGUCAACGUGUGGCUUGGAAUGUAUUAUGACACAAACACUCAGAACAUGACGUGGUUACAUGACGACCCUGUGAAAUUCAGUAACUGGGAGGACAGCUCUUUUCCAUCAGACCUCGCGCCCAUGGAUACAUGUGCAGCUCUGCACACCAAGACGGGAAAGUGGGAAGUUGUCAGCUGCGAUAGUGACGUGGAGAACGGGGUGAUCUGUGAAGCCGCUCAGGAUGAAGGGAAAGCCAAGCGGAAACCUAGUGCAGUGCUCUCCGCCCUCGUCAUUCUCAGCGUGGUGGCUAUCGUGGGCGUCUCGGCUGUUGUUUGGUUUCUGCACCAGAAGCACAAUUUUGGCUCCAGUAUCGUCACAGCAUUCGAGUACCACCCUCCGUUCCGAGUCCCGGACACAGACCAGUCCUGCCUGGUGGAGGCCGAGGAGACUGACAGCGUGCCAUAGGAGGAUGUUCUCUUUCUUCCAGAAUAAGAAACACCAAACCCUCCCUCAUGGGUGACUUUUUUUUUUUUAUUUUAUUUUAAAUUCAAUGAAAAGCCCACUCUUUAAACAGUUACUCAAGCAGUUUUGUGUUAACACAUGUAAAUGGCAUGACUCAGAAUAAUGUGUGUUUGGGAGAAACGUGAUGCUAAGCUUACUCUUUUACGUCUCACUGCUGCACUGCUAACAGAAAAUCAUCUGUAAAUUUCUCUGAUCGGUGCGUUUUUGUCACCUACCACUGGGUGUAACGUCAGGUUUAUACGUCAGGCACUACAGAACAGUAAAUAACUUUUGCUUUUUUAAAUUUGCAUAUUAAAACAAAUUUACUAAUGCUUUCUCAAAUGGUGAAGGGGAAUUAUGUGAGGAGUGUGGCUUCCAUGUGUUUUGUGUGCAUGCAGGAAUUUCUGUUACAGAGUUCAGCUUAGCGCGGUUAGAGUGAACAAGAAGGGAGAGUAAAACUUUAUUUUUACCACUUUAUGCACUAGAGAGUGAUGUAUCUUGAUGUGUAGUCCCAAGUGUGUAUUAAGCUAAAAAGAAAAGAAAAGGCUAGGUUUACUUUAAAAAAAAAAAAAAAAAAAAACAUUUUCACAAUGCAAUCAAU